GCAAACCGCCUGAGCUCUGAGCAGGGGGCAGUUUGAGCAUAUUGAUGCGAGUGAAUGUGCACACGCGUGUGGCCGCCUCAUCUGUGACACGCAGGUGAGAAGCCUCAAAGGCAGCUGAGCAGUGGCAAAUUCCGCCCGCCGCUUGUCCCGCAUGCAGGCCCAAUCGACCCUUUCUGCCCCGGUCUCUUGACCAAUCCCUCUUUCCGUUUCCACAGUCUUGUCGGAAAGGUCGAGCAGUCAGUGUUGUGACAACUGUCAGUACAUGGCAUGCCCUGGGGUGACCUGAACGUCGGUUUCGACCGUCGGAAUUCCUCGUAUUAUGGCAUGAAAUCCGAGAAGUCGAGAUCGAAGAUUCACCUUCACAGACCUACAUUCGAGAGCUCCAUCUCUAUGUCCUGGUUCGACAUUCCCUUCACUAGUGCAAUAUCCCGACACAAGGCAUAAUUUGCGUCCCAAGGCACAAGCAGAAUCGCUGUCGUAGUUGUUGGGAUGCUGUUGGUCAUCAUUUGAUGUCCCCUCGUUCUUCAUCGAGGGUCGAUCGGACAGCAGCUGAAUCACGUUCAGCGAAAAUUCGAUCUUCUGCGACAAGAUUUUGGAACACGAAGGAGGCAGCAGCUUUGUGCAUGAAUCGCAGCAAUGCGUUUCCCCUGUGCCUGCUGCAGUCGGGUGUUUCUAGGAUAGCGGGCUUUGGAUUUUGAACCUGUUCGCGUGAUUCGGCCGACAAUUCGAGCAUCCUCUCACCAUGCGGUUCGGUCGGACUGCGGCCACCUUUUUGCGUCGAGCGUGGGAUCAAGCAUCUCACACUUCCAACCCAUCCCCACAUCUCACCUCUCGACACCACGAAAGUGCACUUGCAGUUGGAGGCCGAUGGGCUCGAAGAUCGUAUUCAUCGCGGGCGAGCGGGGAGGAAAUUGGUCGACAGCAGAAGGCUGUGAUGCGAUCGAGCUACUUCCGGCGGAGGGGCGAUUCUUAUCGGUCAAUUCUCAUCGCGGUAGCUGCCACGGGAUGUUUGGGAGGUCUGUACGUGGUCGUCUCGGAUUCACGCGUCGAUCGUAGGGACUCGGAAGGAUUGCCCCCGAAGAAGAAGGUCGUGCUGCUGGGCACGGGUUGGGCGGGCAUGAGCUUCCUCAAGGACAUCAACACGGACCUCUACGAUGUGCAGGUGAUCUCCCCGCGGAACUACUUCGUCUUCACGCCGCUGAUUCCCAGCGUGACGAACGGGACGGUGGAAGCGCGGAGCAUCGCGGAGCCGAUCCGGAGAAUGUGCAAGAACAAGAAGAAGGAAGUGAGGCUCUUCGAGGCCAAGUGCCUGGAAAUCGACCACAACAACAAGCGCCUCCUGUGCCGAGACAUCUCGGACGUCACGGUGAAGGGCAAGGAGGAGUUCAUCGUCGACUACGACUUCCUGGUGGUGGCGGUGGGGGCGCUGUCCAACACCUUCGGCGUCCCCGGGGUCGAGAAGUACUGCCACUUCCUCAAGGAACUCGAGGACGCCACGAGGAUCCGAGACACGGUCGUGGACUGCUUCGAGACGGCGUGCCUGCCUCACCUGACGGACGACGACAGGAGGAAGAUGCUCAGCUUCGUGAUCGUGGGCGGCGGCCCAACCGGUGUAGAAUUCGCAGCGGAGCUUCACGAUUUGGUGCACCAGGAUAUGGCGAAGCUCUACCCGUCCGUGCAGGAGCACGUCUCGGUGACGGUGAUCGAGGCCGUGGACCACAUCCUCAACACCUUCGACGCCCGCAUUCAGGAGUACGCCGAGAGCAAGUUUCGUCGGGACGGCAUGUUCCUGAAGACCAAUUGCCAGGUGAAGAAGGUGAACGAGGGCGAGAUCGUCUACUUCGACAAGAAGGCGAAUCAGGAGGUCGCCCUGCCAUUCGGCCUCGCCGUGUGGUCCACUGGGCUCGGGACCCGGCCUCUGGUGAAGGAUUUCAUGGUGCAGGUAGGGCAGGGCGACAGGAAGGUGCUCGCCACUGAUGAAUGGCUUCGAGUCAAGGGGUGCGAUGCCACUUACGCCAUGGGGGAUUGCGCCACGGUCGAGCAGCGCAAGAUCAUGGAGGACAUAAACCUUUUAUUCAAGCUGGCGGAUGCAGAUAAGUCCGGGAAAGUGACGGUGGACGAGUUCGAGGAGCUGAUGGAGCUCGUAAGAGAGAGGUACCCUCAGAUCGACUCUUUCAUGAAGAAGAAGCAGCUCAGGGAUUUGAAAACUCUCAUUAAGCGCGCCGAGGCCACCGAUCAGACCGAUGCCGUGGAAGUGGAUCUCGAUCGGUUCAAGAUGGCCGUGGAGCAGAUCGAUGCUCAGAUGACGAGGUUUCCUGCCACCGCGCAGGUGGCUGCACAACAGGGAUCGUACUUGGCCAACUGCUUCAAUCACCUGCCAUUCGACUCCGAAGCAGCCCAAGGGCCGGUCCGUGUGAGAGGAGAGGGCCACCAUCGAUUCAAGCCCUUCAUGUACAAGCAUCUGGGGCAGUUUGCUCCUCUGGGAGGCGAGCAGGCCGCAGCCGAGCUGCCCGGAGACUGGAUCUCCAUCGGCAGGAGCACCCAAUGGCUCUGGUACUCGGUGUAUGCUAGUAGGCAAGUUAGCUGGAGAACCAGGGCUCUCGUAGUCUAUGACUGGACCAAACGACUUUUCUUCGGAAGGGAUUCCAGUCGCCUGUGAUCUCUCCGUCUACACUCGGCGCUUUACCUUCCGAGUGGAUCAUGACACACUGAUCAUGAUCACUGAUCUGAAGAGGCCCUCUUCACAUCAGUGGUGGAUUUUAUCCUCCAUUUUAUCCUCCGAAUGGAGGAUUAAAUCCUCCAUUCGGACCUGCUCCACUCACGUCCCAGCAGGUCGUUAACUGCCAACGUCGCAUGAUGGCGUCCAAGACGGGAGCUGUGAACGGAGCGAGCGUGCACCACGAAUCUUUAUAUUGGAAGGAUCAACAGGCGCCGUUCAGAUAGUUAGACUUAGGACCAAUUGAUGAUUUUUUGUAUAUAACUGGCUACUUCGGCCAGUCUCGGGUUUUCGAAAUCCUCGUGCAAUUUCUUGUGCUAUUAUCUGGAGCAUCUCUGGAUCUCCGAUACGCCGCUGAAGGGAUUCUAAAUGUCCUGAUUCCCAUAAACAGAGUCAUAUCUGUGUGUGUGAACUCGAAAAUUUGGAUGCAAAUUGUUGCGAACGUGAAUGCUGUAUGCUCCUUAUGAAGCUUUUUCUGAGGGCUUCCUUAACGUCUCACGGAUGAAGUUAAGACUGGGCGUUGCCCUUGUGUUUGGGUUUUAACUAAGGCAGAGCUCACUAUUUUCCUGCUAGUUUCUCAUCACAUCCAUGUUCUCAACGGAAACGAGCAGCGAAGAACGAGUUCAAGUGAAGUAGCUUGCAUAAUACAGUUGGGCAGAAUGGAGUUCUACUAACUCAUCACUACUUGUCAACAUUCUAUCUCUGAAACCAGAACUUGCUCCACUGUACUAAGUUAUAGUAUUGACUAUGGUGGAUACUCUCCGUGCUUGAAGGUUUCAAACUUCAAGCACAUUCGUUCCAAAAUAAAACCAACCGGAAGGAUCAUUACGUAACGGAA